CCGCAGGAGGCACGAUGGCGAUCGAUCCGGCAGGAAAAUGUUCAAAGUGGAAUAUUUUUGGGAAAAGCUCGACAUUCACAGCGAGAGAAACGCGAUUGUCGAGUCAGGAGACAAGCAUGAAGCCUGAUCACAAACCUGACGUCGAGUUCCUGUAGGAGCCCGUCCACCUGCAGGACAACCUCUGAGACCAGCGUAUCGCUAACGCUGUCCCACUACCAGGAUGUGGAAACCAUAGCAACAGACGAGUCCUGUGUGUCCUGAGGAUACCUAUGUGAUUUAUCAAAGUGUGAAGCAUUAUCCAAGACUGGGCUUCUGCUGAGUCUGAGGAAGACAGGCUAUAUCAUGGAUAUUGCCAUGGAAGACCAACUUUUGGAGGACAUUGUAAUGUGCACACCACAACAAUAAUCAACAUGAACCUUCUUCUGGGCUGACAUCCCUCCAUAAAAGCUGCCAUGGCUUUUUGUAAUGAAAGCCUGCUGGAGGAGUGCAGCUUCCUGGGGCCGGACAGUGUGGAGGAAGCAGCAGAAAGUCUCCCUUCAGAAGCUGCGACUCCCCUCAUAUCGGUCACUCUGCGGGUGACCCUUGCCGCCAUAAUGAUCUUCAUGAUAACCAUCGGAUUCCUCGGCAACGCUAUCGUGUGUCUGAUUGUUUACCAGAAACCCGCCAUGCGUUCUGCAAUCAACCUCCUCCUCGCCACGUUGGCCUUCUCGGACAUCAUGCUCUCCCUGCUCUGCAUGCCCUUCACUGCGGUCACCGUGGCCACCGCCGACUGGAGCUUUGGGAGCGGGUUCUGCCGGGCGUCCAUCAUGCUGUACUGGCUGUUCGUCCUGGAGGGGGUGUCCAUUCUCCUGAUCAUCAGCGUGGACCGCUUCCUCAUCAUCGUGCAGCGGCAGGACAAGCUGACCCCUCACAGAGCCAAACUGUUGAUCGCAGGGUCGUGGCUGCUGAGUCUGUGUGUGUCCCUGCCCUCUGUGAUCGGGUGGAGGACCAGUACGGCGGGUAUUGGGGGAUCCUGGGCGCCGCAGUGUGUGCUGGGAUACAGUGAUUCCCUGGCAGACCGUGGAUACACAGUGCUGUUAGCAGUAGCAGUGUUCUUUGUACCUUUCGCUGUCAUGCUGUACUCUUACAUGUGCAUCCUCAACACGGUGCGCCGCAACACCCUGCGCAUCCACAACCACACCAACGAGCACUCCUGCCUGCCAGCCCUCAACCAGGUCAGCAAGAUGAGGCUCAGCGGGCUGCAGCGGCCUCCUCAGAUCAAGGUGGACAUGAGCUUCAAGACCAGAGCCUUCACCACCAUCCUCAUCCUCUUCGUGGGCUUCUCUGUGUGCUGGUUGCCUCACACGGUGGUCAGCUUGCUGGCGGUGUUCAGUCGACAGUUCUACUACAGCUCCGUGUUUUACCCCAUCAGCAUAGGCGCUCUGUGGCUCAGCUACCUGAAGACGGUGUUCAACCCCGUCAUCUACUGCUGGAGGAUCAGGAAGUUCAGGGAGGCCUGUCAGGAGUUUAUACCCAAGAGCUGCAGACUGUGUCCCAGGGUGCCGGGCAGGAGCCGCAGGAGGGUGAGGCCGAGCAAUAUCUACGUGUGCAGCGAGACUCAGUCGGCUGUGUGAAACCAGUGGGCUUUGACACCCAGAAAAAUAGUUUGGACCCCUUGUCCUCACAAUAAAGCGGUGCAGUGAUGACCUCGGCCGACCUGGAAGUUAGCAUUGCAAGGGUUUCCUCUGCCAAAAGCGAUUACUGCAGUAACAACUAUUCUACCUGGGAUCAACAUAAAUAAUAAGACAUUAAAACAUCACAUUAUUGACUAUCCGCAAUAGAGUGGUGCAGAGAUGAAGUAUUUUAUAGGUAGACCCAGAAGUUAGCAUAGCAAGAGUUCCCUCUACAAAAAGUAAAGGAUUUUUUCAUUGGAUUUUGGUAUACUGCAGAAAUUAAGUUCUUUGGUAAAUACACAUUUAUGAUACUUAACAUGUUUUGUUCAGCAGGAUAAACUUGACGAUUAUCACGACUUUGAUUUUGAGCGUAACUGCAACCGGCAGAAGUAAAAAGCUAUCAAUAGGCUCUAACAAUCUACAUCCUUGUCACGUGGCUGCAGGUCAUCACCGCUGAGCUAAAGGCGGACUCAAGUGUGGGGUGAUGACGUUUAGUAAUCUUAUUGAGCCAUUUGUUAGCAACUGCCGUUUUUAUGACACAUAAAAGCUCCGGAAAUUCACAAGUUGUUUUUUACUGACGUAUUUUAUGUUGUAGAAAAACCCGUCAGAAUCUCAUAAGCUUGUGUUAACCAAAGACCUUAUUUCAGGCCUCUAACCAAAAGAAAGUUUUAAAUUACCGUAAAAUAAUAUACUGGUUAUUGACUAAAGAAACUCAUUUCAAGAAUUUUUAAGCCACCAUGGAUGAAAAGUUCUUAAAGUGAUCACAGAUCUACAAUUUGAACAACUCCAUGACAAUUGGACAUCCACAGAGAAAGGUCACGUGAUUUAAUUGAAAGCUCCAGAAGUUGUUAUUAUUAAUGUUCCUGAAACGUACUGCCAUCCAAACAGUUUUAUAUCCUUCAUUGUCAAUUCACCUCUUUGUUUCCGAGUUUGUGACGGAAUUGUUUCAUGAAUGUUAUCUUGUUUCUUCUGACUGAUAAGUAGUUGUAAUAAUAAUUAUCUUGUGAGUUAUGUGAUGCAUUUCACACAAAAAAAGCAUACAGGGUAUUGAUGUUCAGCAAUGUUUUCAAGGGACAGUCUGUAAGCUUUUCAACUGACGUCUUAUUUAAAAAAUACAUUGUUUAAAAUGAUAUCUGUGCAGAAACACAACCUUGUGUGAUUUAAAAUUGUAAUUUAAAACCAUGAGUGUAUAAGGCGUGUGCCAGUUAUUGAGCUGUGAAUGUUUACUUGAAUGUAUCAUCUUUCCAUGAAUAACAAAAACCAGGUAAAUAAAUGCAAUUUUUAAAAGAUGUCGCAUUGACAGAAUGCUAAUUUAUUUGGGUAAAAAACAAAUGGCUGCUUUUACAAUGUACAAAAUGAAAAAUAGGUUGCUGGGAUACUAAAGUCAUCCUUUCACUGUGAGUGGAUGUCUCCUUCACUGAAGACAAUACACACAAUGGCUUGCGUUUAAUUAAUUCUAUUAGGCAAGGCAAGUUUAUUUAUACAGCACCUUUCCGCACACAGCAACCCAAAGUGCUUUACAAAAUAAAAUAAAAGAUAAUUAAGAAUAAAUACAGUGGAAGCACAUUAUAAAAUUACAUUUAAAGACAGGCCUUUAAAAAGCAAAGAUAAUACAAUAAACACAACAGGUAUAAAAUACAUGAAUAAAAGCCAUACUGCAGUGUGAAUUUGAACAACUCAUCCAAAUGCAGCGUCCAAAAGAUACGUUUUUUUAUCUCGAUUUAAAAGUAUUAACAGUUGCAGCUGACCUGCAGGAUUCAGGGAGUUUGUUCCAGAUGGUCGGGGCAUAAAAAGUAAACGCUGCUUCUUCAUGCUUAGUUCUGACUCUCGUAACAGAGAGCAGACCCGUCCCAGAAGACCUGAGACUCCUGGAUGGUUCAUAAUUCUGCAGGAGAUCGUUAAUAUAAUUAGGUCCUAAACCAUUUAGUGCUUUAAAAACCAGCAAUUUAAAAUCAAUUAUUUGGUAGACUGGAAACCAGUUUAAAGACUUCAGAACUGGACUGAUGUGAUCCACUCUUUUUGUGUUAGUGAGGACUCGAGCAGCAGCGCUCUGAAUUAGCUGCAGCUUUCUAAGGGAUUUUUUUGUGAGACCUGUGAAGACACCAUUACUAUUAUUAGGUUAGAUAAUCCCAUUGGAUCAGCCCAGAAAUUGUAUUUUUUCUUUAAUUUAAGCAGUAAAUAAACUGUGGCUUGAAUUUAUUCUCCAAAAAUAUGUGUGUCAUUUUGGUAUCGAAACAUUAUUACUUGAUUGAUUUUUAAAUAUAUGUAUAAGUGCUAUAAAGCUGAAAUACUGUACCAUCAUUAACAAUACAGUCUCAGGCAUGGGUCAUGUUGCUGUGCAGCAUGCAACAGGAAGGUGGUGCUGCUCUUU